GUCCAUCUUGAAUGAGAACACCAAAAUACAGCGUCUGAGAAACAGGAAAUCUAGAACAACCUACUGACAUGGGUUCAUACUUAAGUGGUUUCUGUUAUGUAAAACUAAAAAUACAGAACGACAUACAGCCUGAACAUUUCGAAUACAGCGUUACUCUAUGGAAUUUACCGAAACAGCCAUUGAUUCGUCUUCUGGAGCACGCUGCAGAUGAGGAUCCACAUUUUAAAUUUACAGCAACUUAUUUUGAUGGUAAAGGUUAUUUUAUUGAUGCGAUCAAUGGUUUGGCCGGUGAAUGGGAUCCCGACAAGACCUAUUGGGAAAUUUUGGAUUCUGAUUUGAAACAGAUACCAGUAGGUGCAAGUAGUUAUAAACCUUGCAAUGGCGAAGUGGUGACUUUUAACUUUAAAAAAGAGACAGACAAUAAAUGUCCAUAACCCAUGCUCAUAUAUGAUACGCAGACUACAAAGAUAUUGAUUUGUAAUUUAUAACUUAUUUUCUUGAUUCUUUAUAUAGUUUGAUUAUAUUAUAUUAUCUCCUAUAUGAUAACCUGCAAAUGACUUUUCUAUUAAUUCAUAAGAUGAAGUAGUUAUAAACCUAGCAAUAACAAAGUGGUGACUUACAAGAAGCACACAAUAAAUGUCGAUAACCCAUGCUCAUAUAUGAUACGCAGACUACAAAGAUAUUGAUUUGUAAUUUAUAACCUAUUUUCUUGAUUCCUUAAAAUUUUUUAUUAUAUUAUAUUAUUUCCUACGUGAUAACCUGUAAAUGACUUUUCUAUUAAUUCAUAAGAUCAAGUAGUUAUAAACCUAGUAAUGACAAAGUGGUGACUUACAAGAAGCACACAAUAAAUGUCGAUAACCCAUGCUCAUAUAUGAUACGCAGACAAAGAUAUUGAUUUGUAAUUGAUAAAUUUUCUUGAUUCUUUUAAUAGUUUUAUUAUAUUAUAUUAUCUCCUACAUGAUAACCUGCAAAUGACUUCGCUAGUAGUAUUAAAAAUUUUUCAGGUUU